CUCUCGGUUCAGUACACGGAGGACCUGCACCCUGCCUGCUCACCUUCUCCAGCGUCCUGCACUCCCACCGCCCACACCAUGAUCAGGAAGGCCCUCGUCCUCUCUACCUGGUUCAUCUUGGCUGGGGCUCUCCCCUUAACACUGCCACAUAUCACCGAUGAUGCAGACAUUUUCAGUGACUCAAAGUUAGAGGCUGAACUAAAGCCAAUUGCUGAUCCAGAGUCAACCACUGACUUCAAACCCACUGAAGUUGUAGAGUUGAUCCUUGACCUUGGCCGCACUCGUACUGUAUUGUCACCCACUUUCCUUGACUCCACUGAUACUCUCAAGUUGAACACUGGCCUUCCCUUCACUGGAGCUGAAGUGCCAGCUGCUAACCGUGAUCCCGCUGAUGCUCUUGAGUUGAACACUAGCCUUCACCUCGAUGGUUCUGCAGUGCCACCCAAUGACCUUAACUCCACUUCUGUAGAGGUGACCAUUAACCUUCUCCCCCUUGGUGCUGUACAGUGGAUCACUGAUGUUGAUUUGGAGACUACACGGGUUUUGAAAUUGUUUACUGAUGUGGAAUCAAACAUCACCAGCUUUCUGGAAGAAACCACCAACGGGGCCACAGCAAGUGGCACUGGUGAUAAUUUGGAAGAGCCUGUGACUGGAGAGUUAGAGGAGCCCAACACCUCCAGAGUGGGUGAUGAGUUCAUCCCAAAGCUUACUUAAAAUGAAGCAGAUUCUCCAUCGACUGUGAUCUUCACUCUGUUAACCACAGCUUUCUAAGAAGAUUCUGAGCUUCUGCAGAAGCCUACUAUUCCAUUACAUAGGCGUUUGAAUAAAUGGAAAUACUAGCGAGCCAUAGAGUAGACACAGCCGAGGACGCACGCAGUGGCGAGAACCGUCCACAGACAGAGGGUGCAUGUUUCCUAACCAUGUCCCAUUGAACACAGGAUCAAUAAAUGCUUAUUUGA